AUGAAGCGGCUCGGGCUGUGGGGGCUCCUCGGCGCAGCGCUGCUGGGCUGCUGGGAGCCUGGUGAUGCUGUAAGAUGCUUUGAUAAGCAGUACGAACACAAGGGCAGGUGCUGCAACCGGUGUCAGCCAGGGGAAAAGCUGGUCUCCGAAUGCGAUGGCACAGAAGACUCUGUCUGCACCCACUGUGAGAGUGGACACUAUCAGCAGGGCUGGACCAAGGAGAGGCACUGUACCCCCCAUGCUAUCUGUGAAGACAACGCUGGCUUCAUUCUGAAAACGCAAGGAAACGCAACGCACAACACGGUGUGCCAGUGCCAGGCUGGCAUGCACUGCUCUGACACCAGCUGCCAGACCUGCGUGGAGAACCAGCCCUGCCAGCACGGCUUCGGCUUCGUGGAAGCCAAGGCUGUGGCCCGCAUGUCAUCCCCCUGCGAGCCCUGUGCAGAAGGCACCUUCUCCAAUGUCUCUUCUAAAACAGAGCCGUGUCAUCCCUGGACAAGCUGCGAGGAAAAGGGUCUGGUGGUGAAGGUGAAAGGGACGAACACCUCAGAUGUGAUCUGCGAGUCGGGCAGGCGCUCCUCACUGUCGGUGCUGAUCCCCAUCAUGGCUGUGGUCGUCACGUGCCUCGUGGGCAUUGGCAUCUACUGCCUGGUCCACACAGAUCCCAGGCGACGGGUGCAGAAGCAGGUAGAGGCUGGGAAGCCCAUAGAGAUCGUGGAGGCCCAGCAGCCCAGGAGCCCUGUGCAGAAGACCCUGCUUGGGGGCCAGCCUGUGACCCAAGAGGAUGGCAAGGAGAGCCGCAUGUCGGAGCAGGAGAGACUGUGAGGGUGAGGGGCACUGCCUCUGACAGGAGCACAGACCAGGGCCAGCACAGUCUUCUGUCCCCUCUCCAGCUGGGGAGGAAAUUAAUAUCUGGCCUGGCUGCAAAUGAUGUGAUGCUGCAAUGGACCAUGGCACAACCACCCCCAGGAGGAUAGCGCAGCAGCACCUGGUCUGUCUGCCUGCCCAGGGCUGCCACAGCGGAGCAAAGCUCAGCUUCCCGCACGGGGAUGCAGGAGCAGAGCCUGGUCCCAGCGCCUGCCCCGCGUGCUGUGGCAGAGCGCAGUGUGACCCCCUGGCCGAGCCUGGUGCAGCCACUGGGCUGGGGCUGCCGCAG